CUAAGAUCUCGUUAAGCACAUACUCUGGCUCACAGUACGAGCAUCUGACAAUUAAGAGUCUCACUGCCGCAACCUCACUGCCGCAACCGAAAUGGCGCAACCAACGUACCGCGACCCAACGACAGUCCUCAGGGACCAAGCCGACUGGACUGGCUGGCUCGCGCAGCUACAGGCGAGAUGCCUGUCGCGCAACAUCUGGGACAAGAUCAACCCAAAGACAACUACACCACUACUAUCAAAGCCACUCUCGCCGAGGGCUCCAACUAGGCUGGCGGAAUGGGUAUACUCCAACGUCCUUCGUGGGUACCCCCCAAAACCUUAUCAAUAUUACAUGGAUUCUAGCGAACUAGGGCUGAAAAGAAAGAGAAAACCCACCUCUACAAUUUUGUAGUAGAAGGUUUUGUUAUAACUAUUAAACUGCAUAAGCUAGAGGCUAGAAAACGUUAAAAAAGG